AUGAAAGAUGAUACAUCUCUCUUGGCGCAAUUUUUCUAUGCAGACGAAGCCCUGAACCUUGUGGCUGCCGAACUGGACAGCUUUGAUGGAAGGAAGGAUCCAGAAAGAUGUUCAGCUCUAGUCAAUCACCUUCGACAGUGCCAAGAUAAGGUGCUGUCUAUAUGUAAUCGUAUAAUGGAUGAAUCGAUUCCCGGAGAGAGAGCAAAUAGAGACUUCAGGGUGAAAUUCCCUGAUGAUGUAAUGCAAGAAAAUUUGGCUGGACAAUUAUGGUUUGGUGCUGAGUGUUUGGCUGCUGGAUCCAGUAUCAUGAAUCGGGAAAGUGAAAGUGCUGCCAUGAGACCUUUGGCAAAAGCCCUUACAAAGGCUCUGGAGAAUGUCCGUAAUUUAUUAAGAGAACAAUGUUUACGGGGUUGUACCACUGUUGCUCCCAGUGAUCUAUUUGCAGAGAGGGUACAGGAAGCUUUGAAAAUAUUUGAUCGUCUUUUUGCUGAGUUUGAGCUCAGUUAUGUGAGUGCCAUGGUUCCAGUGAAGACUCCUCGAGAAUAUGAGUUGCAACAACUGGUUGUUGUUCUUUUCUCUGAGACUUUGCAAAGGGCACUAAAAAUGAAGCUUUUAACUCAAGAUAUGGUUGACGACUAUGACCCUGCUCUCAUGUUCACAAUUCCACGUUUAGCAAUUGUCAGUGGCCUUCUCAUCUUUCCCGAUGGACCACUGUGCUUGGAUAGACCACCUUCUGAUAUGUCAGAAAUGUUUAGACCUUUUCGGACUCUUCUGCACAAAAUUCGAGAGUUGUUAUGGACUUUAAAUAAAAAGGAACUUUACACUCUUGAAAAAUUACUUUGCUCAUCUGAAGAACUAGAUUAUUCAUGUACUAAUGGAAAAGAAUUAAUUGAAUCAAAUUCAGUUUCCAAAGAGAUGGAAAACAAUCUUCCAGCAUCAUACCCAACAGUUCCUGAUUUGGAUGAUUUUGUGACACGCUUUUAUAUUGAUUAUCCUAGUUGUAAGCAAUUUGUAACAGACUUCUAUGCUAUGACAGCAGACAAAGAAAAGCUACAAGAGUGUAAUCACCUGGAGAAAGAGCCAUCAGUGUCAUGGGAGAACACAGAAGAUAGUGAAGAUGAAACAGAAUGGGUUGGUGAGACCUCUGAGUGUGAAACUUUAGUAACAGAAAUUUUGAAUACUGAAGAAGGGACAGUCCCAAGUACUGAACAUGAUGGAAGUUUAAGUGAUAAUGAUGGUACUUCUGUACCAAAUUUAAGGAAUAGUGCUACUUUUAAUAUGAAUAUACAGAUUAAUUCAAGUAUUCAUCCUACUGUUGAAAGUGGUUCCCACUCCUCUGAUAGUACAUGUAAUGAACCUUCCAUUUUAGGUACUGCUUUGGGUCAUGCUGAUAAUGGAUCACAAAUGCAUAUUGUAAGCACAUUACCAUUUCCAUCUUCAACUCUCAUUGCUUCUGACUUUUCAAUGUCAGAUGAAGAUAGAUUUCCUAUGAAUACUGAAGUUUAUUCAGAAGACAAUGGGCAAUGUUCACAUAGUUCUGAUACUUUCAACAACCAUUUAGACAGCAACCAAGAUUUCAGUCGAGGAUUCCUAAUGGCCAAUCAAGUUGAACAUGAUAUGAUGUUGACCACUUCUGGAUCUCAAUCAGCAAUUACUAGCAGAAUUCCUCGGCAGCCUCCUCCUGAUGAAGGCACCCAAGAGGCGAUUUGUGUGGCUACUGCUACCCUAUCAACUUUACUCCUGAGUCACGGCAGUGAUUCUUCUGUUAGUAGUCCAGUUCAUCAACGACCUGAAGUUGAAGAAGAUGCCAAUACACAAUCGCCAAUUGAUUCAGGAGUAGGCACCGUCAUUAGUUGCAGUGACACUGGCAGUUUUUCUGACCGUUCUCCUGAGGCACCUCAAAUUGAGUCUUGCGAAAACAGAGGUGGUCUGUUCAAAACCAGCCCUGAACAUCAUUGUAUUUGUAAAGACAGUUCUCCUGCAACUAUUGUUGAACAUGAUGAACAAAAUUCUCCUGUUGAUAAUACUCUUGUGCAUCCUCCUCAAGAUUCUAGACAAAGCCAGGGUUAUGAAUCAGAAUCUCAUGAUUUUUCCUUUUCCUCUACAGGUCUACAAAACCAAAGCGAAAUUUUGAGUAAUUCAGUCUGUGAUAAAAACUCAAUUAGUCAUAAUAGAAAUAAUUGUGGUAUUAGUGUGUGUUCAGUGUCUCAACAUUGCAGUCACCAAAUUUCUCAUUCAGUUAAUUCUAGAAAACGCGAUUCAAAUGUUUGUGAACAAAGUGUACCACAAGAUCUUUGUGAAGUGAAUGUAGUAAAUGACUUUUCUGAUUGUGUAAAUAGUGUGUUUAAUAAUGAAUUAUGUGAUAGAAAAAUUAGGACUGAAGAAUAUUUGGAAAGAAAUGUUCCUACUAAUGACAUGGUCCAAGGUGUGGAUGAAAGCAUGAGGGUGAAUACUGGACAUGUUUUACCUACAGUGUGUGUAUCAAGUGAUGAAAAAGAAAAGUUGGAAGGAGCAAGUAGUAGCAAUGCCAAUGAAACUGUUUUAUCUCUGAGAUAUUUGCCGAGGCGUUCUAGUCCUCAUGGCAAAUCUGUAAGUCCUCAGUUCAGAAAGAAAUUUGGUAUUGAAACAAGUGACAGGAAACAGGUGCCUUGUCCAGCAACUGCUGGAGCUGUUCCAGGGAAUACAAGCAGGGGGCUGGAGCCACCAGUGGUAGGUAGCUAUUCGUCCUCUUGCUCCAGUUGUCGCAGUUCUGCCACAGCAUCCUCAGACAGCUGUAGUAUGAGCAGUGAUACCUCUUCUUUUAAUUCUGAAUGUCAAGAUGACGAAGAAAUUGCUUUAGCUAUGCAAGCUGCAGAAAUUGCUAAUCGAAAUGAAGCUCGUGCCAAGUUCAGGUCUAGUGAAGAUCUUGUGCAUCGUUUGUUUGUUUGCAUUGCGGGUGUAGCUGAUCAACUUCAGACAAAUUUCGCUGGGGAUCUGCGGAAUAUUUUGAAGUGUGUGUUCCUCAUGAGUGCUGUAAGCAACGGCAGCAGCUCUAGUCUUGAAAAUGAUUCUGAAGAGCAAGUUCUAGAUCAGGAUACAUCGUCAACAAAUGAUCUAGAUUCAAGUCGUGUUGAAAAUGCCGAGGAAGCGUGGGAAGCACCAUUGAGUCCUAGUGACUUAGAAUCACCACCUCCGUGGGUACCUGAUGGUGAAGCUCCUCGUUGUAUGUCCUGUGAAGCAGUGUUUACAGUUGUGCGACGACGACAUCACUGUCGGAAUUGUGGGAAGGUAUUCUGUGCACGAUGCAGUUCCAAUUCUGUGCCACUGCCUCGUUAUGGCCAUGUUAAACCUGUCAGAGUAUGUAAUCGAUGCUUCCUGUACCAAGUGACUCCUUUUACUGUGGAGGAUAUGACAACAACACGUUCUUAGUGUACAAGAGGUUCCUAGGUAUUUUCAAAUGAAGUCCAGUCAAUUAGUUUCUGCAGGUCUGAUCCUGGCUGUAGUGGCUAAUUAUUGUAUGUAUUCAGUGUGCAAAUUUGCCUUGUAAAUUGGAUUACAGGCUUACAAAGUAGUGGUGGGCAUAAUUUAAUUACUGAACGAAGGUAUUUUUAUCUGAUUUAUAGGUGCUUGCCAAAUUUCUUCUUGUUUAGUUUUUGACCCUCAGUAAUUGCAAUUCAUAUGAAAAUUUGAUAAAAACAAUAUUUUAAUACAAGUGUUUAACUUUUUUAUUAUUUUUAAUGAAUUAUUUUGGCUAUUGUGUGUCAAGAUGAGAACUGUAUAGUUUGUAGAAAUUACUUACACAUGUUAAGAAAAUUAUAUAUUUUUGAAAGUUCUAUGAACUUCUUUGUAACAAACACUUAAUUUUUCUAAAGUUUGAAAUUUGAUAUCAUUGCGGUCUAGAUUCUUUAAAAAAAUAACAAUCAUGUUUUCAAGCAGUUUCUUAUUCUUCAUCUACAUAUGUAUUUUUUAUUUUUCAUUUAUAAAUUGUUAACAGAAUAAUGCCACCACUAUUUUGUAUUAAAAAUGUGGUUGUGAAUUUUUGCCGUGUUUUUUGUGCAAUAGCAGCUGGUUGUUUUUAUAUCUUGAGGGUUAAAGAACCACAGGUUUAUUAUUCUGACUAUUAGUCUGACCUUGUGUAAAAUAAUAUUUGUAUGUUUUAUGAAAUUUUUAUUUUAUGUAUGAUUUGUGAACACUGUAAAAUAUUCUACUAUAUAAAGAACAUUCUAGAAACUUUGUGGGGUUGAAACGUUACUUAGCAAGUCUUGUUCUUGUUCUAGUUGAUAAUAAUAUGCAAAGAUGCAUUGUAAAAUUUAUAAUGAAAUUUCACUGAUAAUGUAUAUAGGUUAAUGUGGUGUCUAAUCCACACAAAUGAUAAGAGAUGAGAUCAUAUGCAAUUACUUAUUAAGUUUUUUUUAUUUUAUAUUAAUUGUAAGAGAAAAUAUAUGAAAUGAACCUGCAUGGUUUCCACAUUGUGAAUACUUAUGAAUAUUUUCAGUCUAUACAUGCUGUAAUUAAAAAUGCUUGUUAUUGUGACCAUUUUUAACGGGUAUCUUAAUAACAAGAUCUGCUUUAAGAUCUGAAAAAACAUUUACUUGCAUUUACUGAUAAAUGAUAUGCUUACUUUUUCUUUAUACACUCAUUGCAUGAUUAUUGCUUUUGAAAGUAGAUGUAGCUCCUUAUCUUUUGCAUUUUGUAUUCUUUUCAUUGUAUCUGUGUGAGUAUGUUUGCUUGGUAUUGGACUAAAUUUAGGGAAAGGACUACUACUAUCUACUUUUCUUUAAUUUCCUUUUAUAAAAACAACAUUCAAGGUUACAAUAACUUUCCAGAACUGAUAAAUAAUUGUCCAUGCUCUUUAUUUGUGCCUUAUCGUAUCCCUGGAGCUCACACGCUGCAAUGAUACAAACUGGCUCACUUACUAAUUAUAGUGCUAGAUUAAAUGAUUUGAAUUAUUAAAUUCUUGUGUGUACUCUGAGGAAGUGUUUUGGAUAUGCAUAAUUGUGAGAAGCACACAGCUAGUCAGUGGUGUAUAAUGCAAAGUGAACAUUUUGGAUUAUAGCAAUAAAGCUUACGGAAUGUAGUUACAUUUAAAAUUACACAUCACUAUUGUGGUUUUAUAAACAUCCCAAAUAUAGUUUGUUUUACAAUAUUAUAUGAAUAACUUAUUUAAUAGGGAGGUUUCAAGAAAAUGUGUUAUGUAAACGUAACUUAAGUUACAACGAGAAACUAUUUUGUUUCAAAUGCAUUGUGUUAUUGGGUCUCAAGCGAAACGUUGUAAUAAAUAUUACAUUUAUACAUUGCCUUCCAUGCACCAAUUUUUGUUCAUUAUUUAAGGUUUUGUUGAUUAUGCUUUGUUAUGUAUUAGCAGGCAAACAUUCCUGUUUUAUGCACGCAAUCUUCUUUGCAGACAUGAAAAGAAAUAUGUUUAUUUGUUGUUUCUCUGAACAUCUUGGAGCUUGUCUUAGGUAAUAAUCAGUUUUUGUUUUGUGUAUAUAAUUUGACCAGUUUGAGACUUUUUUGAUGAAGAAAAUUCCAUGUUUUCAGCACAUCUCUAUGUUGUUCAAAGAAAGACCAUAGUAACUGUGUGGGAUUUGAGGUGACAAGUCACAUUUUGUUGCUGUUUUAAUUUUCUUUGAUAAUAUAUUUUGUUUUAUGUAUUUACUUUUAAGAUGAGGAUAUUUUGUAAACUUUACACUGAUAGGGUUAUUAAGUGUGUAAAAAUAAAGGGAUGAACUUAAUGGAAAUAAACAAGCAAAUGUGAU